AAUUGGUCUGAAAACAUGUCUGCUCUUCCACUAUAUGGAGCACACAUGCCUAUCCUCCCGAAGUUUGCUGAAAAUACAUACCAUUUUUUAUUCUUUUUUCUUGAUUUGUACUACACAAUUUUAGAUUUGCGAUCAAAAUUGCACGAGCACUUAAGAUGGCAGAUUCUCAGCUUUUAUGAAACAUAUUUUGUACAUUUUGGUAUCAACAUUUUGAAAUAAAUACACUUUUUAGACACGGUCUUCCUAUUUCAGGGGCCAAUGUUUGGACAGUUGGCUUUGCAGGUAUUUUUGAUUAAUCAGGUGUAUUCAGUGGCUUCUGUAGAGCAUUCAUGAGAGAGCUUUCAAUGUCUAGUCUUGAUUCUCAACUUUUGUUUGCCUUUGGAGUCUGUUAUUCGCCUUUGUCAACAUGAGGAUCACAGUUGGAACAAAGAAAGCCAAUGUAGCCAUUAUAAGGCUUAGAAAUGGGUGCAGUCGGAUGCAUUAGCCAAACCCGAGACUUCAUAAAAUCAAUUGUUUGGAAUUUGGUUAAUAUGGAGUGAAUUGAGUACAAGCAAACAAACAGAACAGGUUUUACAACACGCGCACAUUCAAAACAUGAUUAUCAAACAAUGGCUGCUGGCCACUCUUCACGCCAUAUUUAAUGUAGCUAGGUAGCCCUGUGACAGUGAAUGAACGCCGUGUUAGCCAGCAAAUAAAAAUGCAUUUGUGUACAGCGUACAACGAAUUGAUCUCAGAGAUAGAACACCUGACUUUCCAUAAGAAUGAUCUGUGAAAAAAAGUAGCAGACUUGUCGGUUUUGCUCACCGAGUGUAUUUUCUUAUAUUUAUCUACGCAGUGAGCACUUUAUUAGGCUGACCUGUCCACAAGCUUGUUAAUGAGGUGGGGAUUCUGACACUUGUGCGCAUGAGCAUUUUAAUCGUCCCAUGUCUUUGCACUUUGCUGGAACGAAGUGAGUGACCUCCAGGAAGAAGGGAAGAAUGCCAUCAACGCCUCCCUGCAGCCCCCCACCAUGCAGGUCCUCCCAGAGGACACGCUGCUGGAGGAGAACGCUGAAAGGACCAUGCUGGACCCCACGUCCAGGGACAUCCCCAAGUUCAAAGACCUACUGAUGGUGCUGAUCGACUGGGUGAACAUGGAGCUGGUGGAGGACAGGAUCAUCGUGAAGGACCUGGAGGAAGACCUGUAUGACGGACAGGUGCUGCAGAAGCUGUUCGAGAAGCUGUCGGGGCGGAGGCUGAACGUCGCCGAGGUCACGCAGUCGGAGGUCGGGCAGAAGCAGAAGCUCCAGACGGUGCUGGAGGCGGUGAACGAGAUGCUCAGACCCCACGGCUGGGCCAUCGAGUGGAGCGUGGAGGCCAUUCACUCUAAGAGCCUGGUGGCCAUCGUCUUCCUGCUGGUGGCGUUGGUGGUGCACUUCCAGGCCCCGAUUCGCCUCCCUGAGCAGGUGUCCGUACAGGUGGUGGUGGUCAAGAAAAGAGAGGGCAUCCUACAGACGUCCCGCGUGACCAAGGAGCUGACCUCCACCACAGAGAUGAUGAUGGGAAGAUUUGAAAGAGACGCUUUCGACACGCUGCUCGACCACGCCCCUGACAAACUCAACGUUGUUAAGAAGUCUCUCAUCACCUUUGUGAACAAACACCUGAACAAGCUGAACCUGGAGGUGACGGAGCUGGAGUCUCAGUUUGCCGACGGUGUAUACCUGGUGCUUCUUAUGGGCCUGUUGGAGGACUACUUCAUCCCUCUUCACAACUUCUUCCUGACUCCAGAGAGCUUUGAGCAGAAGGUCCACAACGUCUCCUUCGCCUUCGAGCUGAUGCAGGACGGAGGGCUGAGGAAGCCAAAAGCCAGGCCUGAAGAUGUGGUCAACCUGAAGCUGAAGUCGACACUGAGGGUCCUCUACAACCUGUUCACCAACUACAAAGAUGCGGAGUAACACCUUAACCCUUUAGUGGGCAGCUGCUGGAUUAGGACAGGGCUGAGGGGGGUCAUGGAUCCCACGGACGUGAGAGCUAUCAGGCAAAAAACCUCGAGCACUAGAAACUCAGAGACGCAAAGCCGUCAGGACCCGGGGGUGUGUGGGAACUGUAAGACGUUCGUGGAACUGUGAGUGAAAUCAAAAAGCAGCAGUUUGAAUAUUAACCGUUUAUGGAAUGGAUACGUCCGUGACUCUUCCCUUUUCUUUCAGGCUUGCAUUCUGUUGCUGUUUUUAAAUUGAUAAAUGAUAAUCAAACAAGCUGUAGCUUUUUAAAAAGAAUAUUUUUUUAAUUAAAAAAAAAUAAUUAAAGAAAUGCUGCAAUAUC